CAAGAUAAUGGAAACUAAGGAAGAUCACAUUACAAUCUCUUGCAGGAGUAGGGGCACUCUUGUUUGUAUACAAUGUUGCUUGAAAUUUUGUUGGGCUUAAUUUUACUACUAUUCAUAUUCCACUGUUAUUUAAAAUAUGGAAGAGCGGGAAGACUUAUGAGUCUUAUUCCAGGACCAAAGGAAUAUCCGAUAAUUGGAAAUUUGCAUCAUUUUCAAGUCGACAAUGAGCAUUUACUUCAGGAAGUAUGGAAAAUGAGUAAUAAAUGUUAUCCAAUUUUCAAAGUAUGGACCUUCCAUUUCGCAGGAGUAGCAUUACUCGAUCCAAAAGAUAUUGAGGUAUUAUUGAAGAGCAAUGAAUAUAUUGAAAAAGGAAUUAUUUACAAAUAUCUCAUGCCUUGGUUUUCUACUGGAUUAUUAAUUAGUGGCGGUCAAAAAUGGCACCUACGUCGGAAAAUGUUAACACCAGCAUUUCACUUCAAUAUUCUUAAUUAUUAUUUUAACAUUUUAAAUGAGGAAUCACAAAAUCUGGUCAAAUAUCUUAAAAAGGAAGGGAAUGGAAAUUAUGUUGUAAAAGAUUUACAAACAUUAAUCAGUCAAUAUACCCUCAACGCCAUAUGCCGAGCAGCUUUAGGUAUUCAAUUGAAGGAAAAUGGAGAACUGGAAACUAAAUAUCGUAAUGCCGUUCAUAUUUAUGGCAAAACUUUGGCCUAUAGAAUUCCAAGACCUUGGUUCCUAGCUGAUAUUAUAUUUGCAUUAUCAUCAGCUGGUAGACAACAAAAAGAAGUAUUAAAAACAUUGCACAGUUUUUCAAGAAAAAUAAUUGAAGAAAGAAAACGAUUCCACGAAGAAACCAACGGGAAAUAUCUACAAAUUUUUGAUAAUGUUGAUGAGAACGACGUUUUUAAUAAAAAAAUGCAAUCUCAGAAUAAACUUUCUAUGCUUGAUCUUCUUAUAGCAGAAUCUUGGAAAAAUAAUCGUAUAGAUGAUGAAGGAAUUCGAGAAGAAGUUGAUACUUUCAUUUUUGAAGGUCACGAUACUACAGCAAGCGCAUUGUGCUUUGCUUUGUGUCUUUUUGCUAAACACAAAGAUGUCCAGGAAAAAAUAAGACAUGAAAUUAACACGUUUAUGGAAGAGGAUGAUAAAUUCACAAUGUCGUCUAUUCACAAGCUUACAUAUUUGGAAAGAUGUUUAAAAGAAUCGCUUCGCUUGUAUCCAAGCGUUCAUGUAAUAUUUAGACAAAUUCCUAAAGAUAUGCAGCUUAAAGAUUAUUUAAUUCCAUCUGGUAUGAUCUGUGCGAUAGUUAUUCACAGUGUGCACAGAAAUCCAGAAUAUUGGCCAAAUCCAAAUGUUUUUGAUCCGGACAGAUUUUUACCGGAAAAUACUAAAAAACGUCAUCCUUACUCUUACAUACCAUUUAGUGCGGGGCCAAGAAACUGUAUUGGUCAAAAAUUUGCAAUGUACGAGCUUAAACUCAUAGUAGCUUCUACGAUAUAUAAUUUUGAGUUGGAACCAGUGGAUGAAUUAGACGAUGUAACAUUUUCUGCAGAUAUUACUUUGCGUUCGCUCAAACCACUUCGAAUCAAAUUUAUACCUAUUAGAUAA